CCCGCGGCUAAUGAACAUCAGGCAACAGGUGUUUGCGCCUCAGUCUCCAGCCAGCCUUGGAUGUGACAGGAGGCAGCCGCCAGCCACCAACUCCGAAGAAGCUCCCUCGCUCACUGGUGAGCCCUCCGGCUCCCAGGCCCAGGGGGGCCACCAUGGCCGACCGCUCCUGCGUUGUUGGCUUCAGCAGCCUCAGCGGCUGUGAGGUGACCCAUGUGGGCAGCCCCCAGCCUGGGACCUCAGGAUGGGGCAGCUGUGGGCUCCCUGGGCCUGGCUUCAGCUCUCGAAGUCUCACAAGCUGUAAGCCAGCGGGCAUCAUGCCCAAGGUGACUGUGAACUCCAGCCUGCUGGUGCCUCUGGACCUCAAGGUGGACCCUGCUAUCCAACAACAGAAGAGCCGAGAGAAGGAAGAGAUGAAGGUUCUCAAUGAUAAGUUCGCGUCCCUGAUCGGCAAGGUACAAGCUCUGGAGCAACGCAACCAGCUGUUGGAAACCCGCUGGAGCUUCCUACAGGGCCAGGGAUCCGCCACCUUCGACCUCAGCCACCACUACGAGACGUUCCAGGCCCAGCUGCAGGAGGAGCUGCGCAAAGUGAGCCAGGAGCGGGGACAGCUGGAGGCCAACCUGCUGCAGGUGCUGGAGAAAGUGGAGGAGUUCCGCAUCAGGUAUGAGGACGAGAUCUCCAAGCGCACAGACCUGGAGUUCACCUUCGUCCAGCUGAAGAAGGACCUGGAUGCCGAGUGUCUCCGACGAACCGAACUGGAAACCAAGCUGAAAGGCCUGCAGGGCUUCCUCGAGCUGAUGAGAACAGUCUACGAGCAGGAGCUGAAAGACCUUACAGCCCAAGUGAAGGAUGUGUCGGUGACCAUGAACCUGGACAGCCGCUGCCGCAUCGACCUGAGUGGCAUCGUGGAGGAAGUGAAGGCCCAGUAUGAUGCCAUCGCUGCUCGGAGCCUGGAGGAGGCUGAAGCCUAUUCCCGAAGCCAGCUUGAGGAGCGAGCUGCCCGCUCUGCAGAGUUCGGAAACAGCCUCCAAAGCAGCCGCUGUGAGAUCGCAGACCUCAACGUGCGCAUCCAGAAGCUUCGAUCUCAGAUCCUCUCCAUCAAGAGCCACUGCCUGAAACUGGAGGAGAACAUCAAGGUGGCGGAGGAGCAAGGGGAGCUGGCCUUCCAGGAUGCCAAGGACAAGCUGGCCCAGCUGGAGGAGGCCCUGCAGAAGGCCAAGCAGAACAUGGCCCGGCAGCUGCGCGAGUACCAGAAUCUCAUGAACACCAAGCUGGCCCUGGAUAUCGAGAUCGCCACCUACCACAAGCUAGUGGAAGGAGAAGAAAGCCGGAUGGACCUACCUCCUGCCGCCAUGGUCAGCUCUGUGCAAUCCCGAUGCAGAUCCACUGCCUCCAAGUCUGGCCUCUCCAAGACCCCCUCCCGGAAGAAGAAGAACAACCCCAGAGGUCCCGUGAUCAAGAUCACCGAAAUGUCAGAGAAGUACCUCUCCCAGGAGUCAGAGGCCUCCGAGUAAGACGGUGACCCCGGGAGCCUCGGGUCACUUCCACCUGGAGCCUGCAGGUUGGGAGGGGAGACGCUGAACUGGGAGAGGUGGGUUCCAGCUGAGACUUGUGUCUCUGGAUGG